AUGCCUCGCACCAACGAAGUCCAUGCCCCUGGCACCUGGUUCACCACCAUCCAGCGAUCCUUCGAGGAGGUGCCAAUUGACGCCGCCAAUGGCAACGCUAUCUCUACGGUGGAAUUCCUCGAGGCCGCUGGUGCCUUGGUCACUCUGUUCGAUGUGAUUGGCGGAGUUGGUUUGGCUGCUGUCAAGAGCGAUCUGUCUGGAAACAUCGCGAAAGUCCAAGAGAGAUACAACAAGGCUCCCGCCGAGUCCCAAACUCUGCAGGACCUCGUGCGGAAUGAGCUGAAGUCGGGGCAACACAAGGCUACCGAGGGUCUGCUGUGGCUGGUCCGUGGCCUUCAAUUCACCGCCUCUGCCCUCCGCCUGAGCAUCAACAACCCCUCCGAGGAGCUCAACGCUUCCUUCUUGGGAGCCUACAAGGCCCCCGGUGGUCUUAGCACUCACCACGGUUACCUGAUCCGCAAGGGUACUGAGGUCGCCAUUAAGUCUGGUGUGCCAUACCGAAAGGACUUCUACUCGAAGCUUGGCGACAACCAGGCCGAUGUGUCCGCUGCCCUGGAGAAGGAGGUCAAGGCCCUUGAGGACGUCGUGGAUAUCUUGCUGAAGUUCCAGGCCACGCCCGAGGCCCAGUGGAAGUAA